AUGCCCAAAGAGAAACAACAGUCAGUCGGCGCUCUUACUAUUAGCCGCCUGAGUAAGCAAAUACGCGAUACCAAGCGAAUUCUUGAACAUGGAAGCUUGCCACCAAAUCUAAAAGUUGAGAAAGAACGCCGUUUAAAGGCACUCGAAGACGAACUUUUAAAAAAAAGGGCAAAAAAAAGAGCUAGUUCUGUGGAGAAUGAAAUGCGUCAAAAAUAUCGAAUGGUCAAGUUUUUGGAAGAAAAAAAGGUCACAAGAGAGAUUAAUAAAUUGACUAAACUCAAGAAUAAAGGAACUAACUUGUCUGAAGCAGAUAUUGCCAUGAUUGAAGGAAGAUUAAAACAACUAUAUGUGGAUUAUAAUUACAUCAAACAUUUUCCUGUUGGCCGAAAAUACAUAUCAUUAUACUCCAAGAUAGAAAGCAAAGACCCAAACAACGAUAAAAAGCGCCAAGAGAUUCGCGAACAAAUCAAGGAAAGUAUUGAGUCGAUGCGCAUUAAUUCGUUGGUGGAUCAAUAUAGAACUGAACUUGAAAAAGAAGUCGCCGAAAAAUUAGAGAAGGCUAAGGUUAAUAAGAAAAAGAGUGGAAAUUCAGAUGCAAACGAAGGGAAAUUGAAUAUUGAUCGUGAUGAUUUCUUUGACAUAUGA